AAUACGGAGCUAGGUAACUUCAGCGGCUCGAGGUCUGUCAGGAAGUCUGUGGUUUUCAUUUUUGGACAUCACCAGAUCUUUAGUAGGCACUUUCAGAGACUGAGAAAAAGUGCGAAAACAGCCCACUUGCUGUUGAGAUUCUCAAUGGGGCUGGGGAGACAAAGCCAACGUGAGGAGAGUUGGAUUGACAGAAUGACCCUUUCUUGAGUGCUGGCCUGGACAGAUGUUGAGCUUCUUGGCACCUUUCUUCCCCCCUGUAAAUAGGGAGUGGGCACGCACUGAUGAUUAUUCUUUAAGAGGUCGACAUAGGCCGUUCAUUUCUACAGAGAAAUUAGAAAACAAUGCGUGGUAGUUUAUACUUAACUUCUACCCACCAGCACAUACAGACCAGGCCUGUAACUACCCCCUGGGAACCUGCGUGUCAGCAGCCCGGAGCCCAGAGCCUGUCCUGGAGCCUGCACAAUCAAUCCUGACUGAAGCGGAGGGACGAAGUGCAAUCCACCCAGGGCGCAGCUGAAUUUUGAGAGGCAUUAAUGCCUUGGCGUCCGCCAAGGGACCACUGGGACUAAUUCUCUUGGCAAACUUGUGGCCAGCCAAAACUACCAUGCUUCACAUCCCGGUUGUGCUUGGUUAUCGCCCAAGAUUGGCUUCCACAGGAGAUGAGAUGUGGUCUGAGGGACGAUAUGACUACGAGCGACUGCCAAGAGAACGCGUGCCUCCUCGGAGCCAUGCCAGUGAUGGCUACCAUAGAGUAGUUAAUGUUGUGCCAAAGAGACCACCACUGCUAGACAAGAGACCGCCUCUGCUAGACAAGAGACCGCCUCUGCUAGCCAGACCCGAUGAAGGAGGCUACAGUAGAUAUUACAGUCAUGUUGAUUACCGAGACUAUGACGAGGGCCGCAGUUAUUCUCAUGAUCGAAGAAGUGGCCCACCUCACAGAGGAGAUGAUUCUGGCUACAGAUGGACAAGAGAUGAUCAUUCCACAAGCCGACAGCCUGAAUACAGGGACAUGAGAGAUGGCUUUAGAAGAAAAAGUUUCUACUCUUCCCAUUAUUCAAGAGAACGAUCUCCCCAUAAAAGGGACGCUCCUUUUUUCAGAGAAUCGCCUGUAGGCCGGAAGGACUCCCCACACAGCAGAUCUGGCUCCAGUCUCAGCAGUAGAAGCUAUUCUCCAGAUCGAAGCCGGACACACUCCUUCCACCAGUCCCAGCACAGAAAGUCUGCACGUGUUGGUUCGUCCUACAAACGACAGAAUGAAGCAAAUCCAGGAAGAGGUAAAGAGAGAUCCAUCCAGUCUUUGAAAACAUCAAGAGAUACUUCACCCUCAAGUUCUUCAGCAGUUUCUUCAUCCAAGAUGUUAGACAAACCCAGCCGGCUAACUGAGAAGGAACUUGCUGAGGCAGCAAGCAAGUGGGCUAGUGAAAAGCCAGAGAAAUCAGAUGAAAAUCACUUGGCUGAGAUUUCCGAGUUUGAGACGGGUUCCGUGGCACCCUUAUUUAUGGACCAGACAGAAGAACCCGAGUCAAACACAACAGACGGCACAGAAUUGUAUGAAGACAGCCAGCUUAGCAGUCGCUCGAAAGCAAUUGCAUCAAAAACCAAAGAGAUUGAGCAGGUUUACCGACAAGACUGUGAGACUUUCGGGAUGGUGGUGAAAAUGCUGAUUGAAAAAGAUCCUUCAUUAGAAAAAUCCAUACAGUUUGCAUUGAGGCAGAAUUUGCAUGAAAUUGGUGAGCGAUGUGUUGAAGAACUCAAGCAUUUCAUUACCGAGUAUGAUAAUUCUACUCAAGAUUUUGGAGACCCUUUUUAGAAGAAUUAGUGCCCCAGUCAAAAAAAAUUUUUUAAAGCUUCUAGAUUUUUUUCCCCUUGGAUUGUUUAAAUCCUUACUAUUUUGUGAUGAAGAGAAAUACUUUAUGAUAGCUGACCACGUUUCUAGUGUCAAAUAAACAUCUACAAUAGCUUUUAAAGUAUCUUAAUUCGAAUGUUUUUCCUAUGUGUAGAAUCUUCUAAUCCAUCUUCAUACACCUCUUCCCUCCCAAAAAUAAUGUUCAAUUAAUUUUUUAAAGUUCAAAAAAGCAGUUCUGGAGAGCAGCUCUCUGUACUUAACUCCUGUUCCCCAGUCUUCCACAGUGUGUUGGUUUCAGUAGUAUAAUUUGUAGUUAGAGAUCAUUCCAGGGUGCAUCUCGUAGGCACUGUUAGCAUUUUGAGUUGAGUUUGAUUUGCUGCUUGCUUUUCUCAGCUUUGUAACUUUCGGUAAUAUCAAAAUAUACUGUCUUAAUGAAUUAAAACUUUGCUAUCUUACGAUA